CCCCCCGCACUCACUUGCACUCACACCCGGGCGCAGGAGGCGGGCGGCCCGGGCCCCACCGGCCCCCGAUGGACGCCCCCGGCACGGGGCGCUGAGACCCCGCGUCGCUGCCCAGCCCAGUCCAGCGCGCCACGCGAGGGACUUCUGGACAGGACCAGACUCUGAAACUACUCCCCUAGCCUAGGACCACCUACAGACCCAGCUUGCCCCCCAACCCUGCCACCUGCCACUCCCUGGCCCCUCUCACCACCUGCCCCCCUUGGGGUGCAGGGCAUGGUGUGAAAGGCCAAGUGCUGAGGCGGGCACCAUGGGUGCUGUGCCCUAGAGCCUGGGUGGCAGGGGGUGGGUGGCCUGUUGGUGUGGGGGGGGCAGCGUGCCCACCCCAGUCUCUUGGCGUGCUGGAGGGCAUCCUGGAUGGAAUUGAAGUGAAUGGAACAGAAGCCAAGCAAGGUGGAGUGUGGGUCAGACCCAGAGGAGAACAGUGCCAGGUCACCAGAUGGAAAGCGAAAAAGAAAGAACGGCCAAUGUUCCCUGAAAACCAGCAUGUCAGGGUAUAUCCCUAGUUACCUGGACAAAGACGAGCAGUGUGUCGUGUGCGGGGACAAGGCAACCGGUUAUCACUACCGCUGCAUCACUUGUGAGGGCUGCAAGGGCUUCUUUCGCCGCACAAUCCAGAAGAACCUCCAUCCCACCUACUCCUGCAAAUAUGAUAGUUGCUGUGUCAUUGAUAAGAUCACCCGCAAUCAGUGCCAGCUGUGCCGCUUCAAGAAGUGCAUCGCUGUUGGCAUGGCCAUGGACUUGGUUCUAGAUGACUCGAAGCGGGUGGCCAAGCGCAAGCUGAUCGAGCAGAACCGGGAGCGGAGACGGAAGGAGGAGAUGAUCCGAUCCCUGCAGCAGCGCCCGGAGCCCACUCCUGAAGAGUGGGACCUGAUCCAUGUCGCCACUGAGGCCCAUCGCAGCACGAAUGCCCAGGGCAGCCACUGGAAGCAGAGGCGGAAAUUCCUGCCAGAUGAUAUUGGCCAGUCACCCAUCGUCUCCAUGCCGGAUGGCGACAAGGUGGAUCUAGAGGCCUUCAGCGAAUUUACCAAGAUCAUCACCCCGGCCAUCACCCGUGUGGUAGACUUUGCCAAAAAACUGCCCAUGUUCUCCGAGCUGCCUUGUGAAGACCAGAUCAUCCUCCUGAAGGGGUGCUGCAUGGAGAUCAUGUCCCUGCGGGCAGCUGUCCGCUAUGACCCUGAGAGCGACACCCUGACACUGAGUGGGGAGAUGGCUGUCAAGCGGGAGCAGCUCAAGAAUGGCGGCUUGGGCGUAGUCUCCGACGCCAUCUUUGAACUGGGCAAGUCACUCUCUGCCUUUAACCUGGAUGACACGGAAGUGGCUCUGCUGCAGGCUGUGCUGCUAAUGUCAACAGACCGCUCAGGCCUGCUGUGUGUGGACAAGAUCGAGAAGAGUCAGGAGGCGUACCUGCUGGCGUUCGAGCACUAUGUCAACCACCGCAAACACAACAUUCCGCACUUCUGGCCCAAGCUGCUGAUGAAGGUGACUGACCUCCGCAUGAUCGGGGCCUGCCACGCCAGCCGCUUCCUCCACAUGAAAGUCGAGUGCCCCACCGAACUCUUUCCCCCACUCUUCCUCGAGGUCUUUGAGGAUCAGGAAGUCUAAAGCCUCAGGCGGCCAGAGGGUGUGCGGAGCUGGUGGGGAGGAGCCUGGAGAGAAGGGGCAGAGCUGGGGGCUGAGGGAGACCCCACACCUCUUCUCUCCUUCCUGUCACCCCGGGAUAGUUUCAGCUCCCACAUACACACCCGCACUGCACCCCACCCCACCUCAGAGCCUCCAGCCCUGGGACAGGGCACACAAAUGAACUUGCUAUGAAAAGGACAGUGUGGGAGGCUGGGGAAGCCAUGUCCUGCAGCUCCCAGGACCCUAUCCUCUAAGAAGGUAGGGGAGGGGAGGGAGAACUAAGAGGGGACAAGCCAUCUUGCCCAUAGGGGAAGGAGUGACUGUAGGGGACAGAGGAAUGUGGGGUGGGGGAAGAUACCCCCAACUCACCCCCUACACACACCCAAGAGAGAGCCCCCUACCCAUUUCUUGGUCUAGGUUUCCCCUCCAGGCAAAGGGCCUCUCUGCACCCCCAGAUUACCUGGGUGCAAUGGAAGGCUUGGCUUGGCUCCUCCCCUGGAGGUUAAAAUUAUAGUCAUUCUUACUGCACUUUGGAAACCAGGCUAGGGGAGAAGAUAAAUGAAGAAAAAAAAGAGAGAGAAAAAAAGAAAGAAAAGAAAAAAAAAGAGAGAGAUUGAGAGAGAGAGAGAGAGAGAGAGAGAGACGAUAUUAAGUUAUUAACUGAGGCUGGCCAGAGGGGAGGACCCCCUUACCACCCCCAUGCACUUUGAGAGCUGUCCCUCCUCCCCCAAAUCAGAGAGAACUGCCCCCUUCCCCCCAACCAGGUCCCCUAGGGUAGGGCUGCCAAUCAGAGCUGUGAGUUAACACAACAGGGUCCUGGCCACCCCCCCUUGCCUUGCCUUGCCCACCCUCACCCGUGCCCCUUUGGCACCCCCACCCUACUACUCCCUCUGCUCUCUGCCACUCGUGCCCGCUGAGUUCCAUCUACCUCUCAUGCUGGAUGCCAGCUGGCCCCUCACCAGCCUGCCCUGCUGCCCGCACAGCUUCCCUUUCAAGUGCCCAGCCCCAGGGGCCUCUCCCCAUUCCUCCUUUC